AUGGGUGGUUCAUGCCAUCUCGCCAAGCAGGUGUUCUGUGAGCAGCCUACUGGCUUUGUCGACGCCGAGCACCCCGACUUUGUGUGCUUGCUCUCCCGUUCUCUUUACGGGUUGAAGCAGGUGGCUCGGGAUUGGUACCAGCGUAUCGCAGCCUUCCUGCAGUCUCUGGGCUUUCGGUCCACUCGCUCCGAUGCCUCACUCUUCGUGUAUCAUCAGGGAGCUGACACUGCCUAUUUGCUGCUCUACGUCAACGACAUCAUCCUCACGGCAUCCGCCUCCGAUCUCCUUCAGCGGCUGACUGCUCGUCUUCGUGAUGAGUUCGCCCUCAAGGACUUGGGGCCCCUGCACUACUUUCUCGGCAUUGAGGUGAUCCGCCGGGCUGAUGGUUUCUUUCUGCAUCAGCAGAAGUACGCCCACGAGCUCCUGGAGCGUGCCAGUAUGCUUAACUGCAAGCCGGCGCCCACCCCCGUCGACAUGAAGGCGAAGGUCUCUGCUAUGAAGGGUUCCCUCGCGUCCGAUGGAGCGUUUUAUCGCUCUAUUGUCGGUGCUUUACAAUACUUCACGCUAACUCGACCCGACCUGCAGUAUGCUGUUCAGCAGGUGUGCCUCCACAAGCACGCCCUGUGUGACUCUCACUGGACCUUGGUGAAGCGUAUCCUCCGUUACAUACGCGUCACCAUGUCCUUGGGACUCACCCUGACGGCCUCCGCCUCCACCGACCUCGUGGCCUACUCGGAUGCCGACUGGGCUGACUGCCCCGACACGCGCCGCUCUACGUCAGGCUACUGCGUCUACCUUGGCCCCUCGUUGAUCUAUUGGUCAUCGAAGCGGCAACGCACAGUCUCCCGCUCCAGCGCCGAGGCAGAGUAUCGCGCCGUGGCCAAUGUCGUGGCCGAAUGCUCUUGGAUACGUCAGCUGCUCCAGGAGUUGCUUUGUGAUGUUCACAAGGCCACUCUUGUCUACUGCGAUAACGUCAGCGCGGUCUACCUCUCCGCCAACCCGGUUGCCCUUGACGUGUUCGGGUUCUUCACGUACCGACAACACAACAGUUUGCUGAUGUGA